CUCUGGACAGUGCUGAUUCGUUCUCGAGGCGCCCGAUGACGGCGCCGGACGAGGACAGUGCUUCCAGAUCUGACCAAGAUCUCUCAUUUGAAGCCUUAGAAUGCCUGAUCCUGCGGUCGAAGCUGCUCGCUUGGGCCUGCCCUAUACAAGUCGAUCCCUCGAACCCCUCUGCCCCACCUAGACGGAUCAUUGAAAAGGUUCCGAAGGCGAGCUGGUGGAAUAGGACGUUCGGAGGCCAGACCCACACAGAGGUGACGAGUCAUGGGUCAAUCGCGCAGAUGAUAGACGCUGACGUUUCUCGCUUGGAUCAGACCCGCCGCUCGGCUAUAAAUUCUCAUUCAGCCGCUCAGCAGCUUGGUGCUGCUCCUCAGCUAUACUCCUACACACCCUGCCCGCAACCCUCAGCUUCAGCAUGGGAGACGAAUCCAUACUAUUAUGCCCAUGGAGGUCCAAGAUACAUCGACGAUGUCCCGUUGAACUUUGCAUCGCUUCCACUAGCUGAACGGAUGGAAUGGGAGCGUGUCCUUGGCGAGAGAGCAAAGAUGAGCAAGCAUUGGAGAAAAGUCGAGGAGAAGAAAUGGAAAGCAGAGCAAAAGGAAUUGGAGAGGAAGAUGAAACAAGAGAUGAAACUCAAAAGGCAGAAGCUCAAAGCGGAACAAGCGAAGCAACUGGCGGCGUUCAGCGGUCGCAAACGGUGGCUGCCUAGUGUGUCGUCAGCUCCUGGUGCAGGGGCUCGGCGUGUUCCCGCAGGAGUAGCGACUAGUCCAAUGCCUGGCGUAGCAGUGGAGCCUCAGACCAGAUGGAUGAUGCUCCCAACAGGCGAGGAAUUUGGAGUACGACGACCAUUUGACGGCCCCGGGAGGCCUCCGAUCAAAGGUCCAGGAGACUGGCCCAUGAUGAGCCGAACAAUGACUCACGUGAGUCGGAAAUGGCGAUGGCUCGAGCUGAGUCUCCCCAGGCAGUCAAGGACAUGAGUCUGGAGGAGAGAGUCCACGCAGUUCAGGUGAGCGGCACUGGUUAACUACCACAGCAGAAUGCUGAUCACACCCUUGCAGGCUGGCACUGUAUGGGGUGGAAGUUGGGGCGGACAG